AUGAUACAAAGUACCACAGAAGUAGAAGAAACAAUUAAACGUUUGUCAACUAAUAAACAUGUGCAAGGUGUAAUGAUUGUUAAUGAAGAUGGACAAACAAUUAAAUCAACCUUCGAUGUGAAUUUAUCAAAAAAAUACUCUGAUUUGAUCACUAAACUUAUUGAACAAGCUAAAACUUGUGUUAAAGAUAUGGAUGAAUCGAAUGAUUUAACUUUCUUACGUGUAAGAACCAAGAAACAUGAGCUUAUGGUUGCACCUGGUAAACUAUUUUAUGAUUCUAUGAAAUCUUUCUUUUUAUCAAUAUAA